UGCAGAAUUAAACAUUGUAUUAACUUUGGAGCUGGACUUCUUAAACUUUGUGGACUGUUAAAUUUUCUGAUCUUUCUUCAGAAAGGAACAUUUGCAACACUGACAGAACGUAUUCUAGGUAUCAGAUCGGUUUUUUGCAAACCUCAAAGUGCUCGUCAGAUAGGAUUUGAAUACAUGAACAGGGAGCUCUUGUGGCACGGCUUUGCUGAGUUUCUGAUCUAUCUGCUACCACUUAUUAAUGUACAGAAACUGAAACUCAAAAUUUCUUCUUGGGCUUUACCUAUUGCAGGCCUUUCCAAUAGUGAAAACACAUUAGCAGGUCACUGCAAGGAGUGUUCGCUGUGUGGGGAGUGGCCCACCAUGCCUCAUACCAUUGGCUGCUCACAUGUGUUUUGUUACUACUGCAUUAAAAGCAACUACUUGUUGGACAUGUAUUUUACUUGUCCUAAGUGUGGUUCAGAGGUACAGAGUGUUCAGCCACUGAAAUAUAGGAUAGAAAUGACUGAACUGCAUACCUGA